AUGCAGACAUCAGAGACUGGGUCGGAUACAAGUUCAACUGUGACUUUACAGACAUCUGUGGCUGGCCAGGCAGCAGUGCCCACACAGGUGGUGCAGCAAGUACCAGUUCAGCAACAGGUACAGCAAGUGCAAACUGUGCAACAGGUACAGCAUGUCUACCCAGCCCAGGUUCAGUAUGUGGAGGGAAGUGACACAGUCUACACUAAUGGAGCUAUCCGAUCAACAACUUACCCUUACACGGAAACCCAGAUGUACAGCCAAAACACAGGGGGAAAUUAUUUUGAUACUCAAGGAAGUUCUGCACAGGUGACAACAGUGGUCUCAUCUCAUAGCAUGGUGGGCACUGGAGGGAUUCAGAUGGGUGUCACAGGAGGACAACUCAUUAGCAGCUCAGGAGGGACCUAUCUGAUUGGCAAUUCAAUGGAAAAUUCUGGUCAUUCAGUGACUCAUACAACGCGGGCCUCCCCAGCAACAAUUGAAAUGGCGAUUGAGACACUGCAAAAGUCUGAUGGUCUGUCCACUCACAGAAGCUCUCUUCUCAACAGCCAU